AUGGGACCCACGGCGCGGAGGGGACGGGCCGCGCCCGCCGCCAGGGACGCCUGGACCGUCCUGCUCGGCCUGUGUCUCCUGCCCAGGCCGUGCCAGGCCACGGGGGCGCCUGCUGUGAAGCCCAACAUCCUCCUGAUCAUGGCGGACGACCUGGGCAUUGGCGACCUCGGCUGCUAUGGCAACAGCACCCUGAGGACCCCCAACAUCGACCGGCUGGCCGAGGAGGGCGUGAGGCUCACCCAGCACCUGGCGGCCGCCCCCCUGUGCACGCCCAGCAGGGCCGCGUUCCUGACCGGGAGACACGCCUUCCGCUCGGGCAUGGACGCCAGCGCCAGCUCUGGGUACCGGGCGCUGCAGUGGAACGCCGGCUCCGGGGGGCUCCCCCAGAACGAGACGACCUUCGCCCGGGUCCUGCAGCAGCAGGGAUAUGAGACCGGCCUCAUUGGCAAGUGGCACCAGGGCGUGAACUGCGCGCGGCGCGGGGACCACUGCCACCACCCGCUGCGCCACGGCUUCGGCGCCUUCUUCGGGGUGCCCUUCACGCUGGUCAACGACUGCGCGCCCGGCCGCGCCCCCGAGGUGGACCGCGCGCUGCGGGCGCGCAUGGAGCGCUGGAUGCAAGUGCUGGCGGCCGCGGCGCUGGGCGGGGCGGUCGCCCGGGCCUGGGGGCUGCCCGCGGUGUCCAGCCGCGCGCUGGGCGCCCUGGCCGGCCUGGCCUUGCUGCUCCUGGCCGCCUGGGGCUGCACGUUCGCCCUCGCGCGCCGCUGGAACUGCCUCCUGAUGCGCGACCGGGAGGUCAUCGAGCAGCCCCUGGUGCUGGAGAGCGCCGCGCUGCGGAUGCGCAGGGAAGCGCUGGCCUUCCUGGAGAGGAACAAGCACCGGCCCUUCCUGCUCUUCGUGUCCUUGCUCCAUGUCCACAUCCCGCUGGUGACCACCGGCGCCUUCGCGGGGAAGAGCCGGCACGGCUCGUAUGGCGACAACGUGGAGGAGAUGGACUGGCUGGUGGGUGAAAUUCUUCACGCCGUGGAAGAGAACGGUUUGAAGAACACGACAUUCACCUAUUUCACCUCCGACCACGGAGGACACCUGGAGGCCAGAGACGAGCGGGGCCAGCUGGGUGGAUGGAACGGAAUAUACAGAGGCGGCAAGGGCAUGGGCGGCUGGGAAGGGGGCAUCCGCGUCCCGGGCAUCUUCCGCUGGCCGGGGGUGCUGCCAGCCGGCCGCGUGAUCCACGAGCCCACCAGCCUGAUGGACGUCUUCCCCACCGUGGUGCAGCUGGGCGGCGGGGCGGUGCCCCGGGACAGGGUGCUGGAUGGGCGCAGCCUGGUGCCCCUGCUGCAGGGAGCGACGCGGCACUCGGCUCACGAGUUCCUGUUCCACUACUGUGGGGAGUAUUUGCACGCGGCCCGCUGGCAGGAGAGGGACAGCGGAAGGCUCUGGAAGGUCCACUAUACGACGCCCCGGUUCCACCCCGAGGGGGCCGGUGCCUGCUACGGUCAUGGUGUGUGCCCCUGCUCGGGGGAUGGCGUGACCCACCACCACCCCCCGCUGCUCUUCGACCUCUCCAGCGACCCCUCUGAGGCACGGCCCCUGUCCCCCGACUCUGAACCCCGGUACCAGGCGGUGAUCGCCAGGGUGGGCCAGGCGGUGGAGGAGCACCGGAGGACGCUGAGCCCCGUGCCGCCCCAGUUCUCUCUGGACAACAUCAUGUGGAAGCCAUGGCUGCAGCCGUGCUGCGGCACGUUCCCCUUUUGCUCCUGCCAGGAGGACGGAGACCCCGGUGGGACCACGUCUCCCGCCCAGUAGGGCAGUGUGCAGGAGAAGCAGACACCACAUGUGCUGGCGGGACUCG